AUGGCAGUGGAUUCAUUCACGCCACCUCUGAGUGCGCACAAUGCCCAGGGUGGCACAGCGGAUCAAGAUGACCCGUUCUUGUGGGACACUGAGACUCUCUCAAGGGAGCUCUGCUGCAAGGGCCGACCCUGGCUCAAGCAUCCGGAUGCUCUCGCCGCGAAGCUGGCCGAGGAAGAGAUGGACGGUCGCACGCUGCUUACUUACGACUAUCACUUCUCAAAGAAAGAACUGCUGGAUGACCUCGGCAUAACCACUGCGCGUGGCAAGGCAGGCCUGGCAGAGACCGUCCUCAACUUCCAGGCCAAAAGCAAAGCCUUUCGAUCAUGGAAGAAGAACAUCCUCAGAGACCAGUCCCAGCUCGCAUCCGACGAUGACGAGAAGGACAAGGAUAUCAAACACGAGUCAUCCCUUGCAUCUGUUGCGCCCCAGUAUCCGGGCUCAGUGCUGAAGCAAAGUGCCACCCGCAGUCCGGAUCGCCACCUAUUAGACAGGCCAGGUGAAGCACACCUAGACCCUCAUCAGGCAGUUGCAUCUGUCGACGGCAAAGCAGCAGCCUCUGUUAAAGGAACCACAUCGCCCCCGCGCGGAUCCGGUAGUGACCCAGCGGCUGCCCGAAGUGACGAAGAACGGACGGCUAAACGCAGGCGUCUGGCACCAACGAAUCUUAGCACGAAGCCUCUGACUGGCUCGGAUACUCGUGCUCUCAAGAGAACCGGUUUCCUGAACCUGGUGGAUACAAUCAAAGGUCGGAGCGACCGCGGUGGAACUGAGCACGCAGCUGUUCCUCCAGAAUAUGCCUAUCUAGGUGAUAAAGGUCGCCAUCGGAGAGCCAUUUUGUCUCAUCUUGCCUCUUUCGAUAGCCCUUGGUCAGACCUAGGCGGGGGUGACUUCUCGGUUCACCCUUGGGAGUAUAUCGUGCCUCCCGGGCAGAGGAUUGUCACCAACAGCUUGAUGAAACGGUAUCUGCGUGGAGUCACACAUUCUGAUCGAUCAUCAACUACUUCUAAGGAAACUGACGAUGUUCUCGAUCUUGAUGACCUGCCGGAUUCUGUGGACGAAGAGACGCAGCGGGAAAUUGACGAGGAAAAGGCAGAGCUGGCUGCAAUGGAGCAGGAACUUGCCCGCAAUCUGCCCAUCGAGCGCGUGGAAGCCGUUCUGAAGGACGAAAUGGCCCUCAUGAAAACCAAGUGGAUCGAAACUAAACUGCCCAAGCACCAACGCAAAGCCUAUCAGGUCUGGACGGCUGCCAAGAGAAACCAGAAGACGAAUAAACAACAGAUAUUCAGAGCCCGAAGAGACGCUGAGCAUUUCGACAAGCAUGUGAAAAAGCUUUAUGCCGAGAUCAUCACCAACACUUGGCAAUCAGAACGCGAACUCCGGACGCAAGCCUGCAUCAUGGAACAGACCUUGAGCAACAAAUUCUAUAGCACAUGGCUGAUUGAGCUUCUCGAACAACGGCAUGCCCCUCCAAAGCCGUCGGACCUGCCGAAGCCAAAGGCCAAGCGACCAGCUCCAAAGUUACCUCGGCACCCUUUCGGUGACGAGAUCUUGACUAGCUCCGACGAAGAAGACUUCAUUGUGCCUGAUGACGAUGGCGACAGCGACGAUGUGAUCAUGCUUGACGAUGGAGAGGUUCCUCAAGGCGUUUUUGGCUCCCCGAUGCUGCGCCAUACUCGUGUCCCAAGUCAAGGACCGUCUGACGCUGAAUCUUGCAUGAAACUCGACCUCUCGGGCCUAGAGUCACCAGAUCAGCUCCGGGAUAGCAAGGACACAGCGGUGUAUAUCGAUCUGAUCUCCCCUAUCAAGCCCGCGGAUGACGGGGCUCCUGACUUCAAGGCAACUGAACCGGUGUCAUCAUCAUCAUCUGAUGUAUUUGGAGUGGUGCCACCCAUGGAUCAGCUGGGGAGCCUGGAAAUGAUUGGUCAACAUCCUCCACAGCACUGGGCGAGGCAAAAGGACCGUUGGAGACUUCUUCUGUGUCUGCUAUGGAAACUGCCACAGACUCGUCGCGGAUGGGCCCUUCGAUUCAUGCAGGACAAGACGUCGAGCGAUGCCUGGCAGGCUUCAGUACGGCUAUACCAGAGGAUUCCCUUUGCGCAAGAACUGGACAUUGGGAGAGAAGAAAGAGAGACUGUUGCAUUUGACAUCACAAAGCUCUUCCUGAGCUGCAUACAGUGCCGCCAGUACACAGACGUCCGAGUCAUGGUGCUGGACAAGAGGGAUAACAAUAGGAUUAAGCGUUCAGAGUCCUUCUUUCCGACUUUCCAUGCUUUCAUCAGAGAAUGGGCGCCUCGAUUCCCUAAAAGCAGCCAAAUAUUCAGGACAGACGCCUUUGAUGACGAACUGGGGGUGGAUGAGUCUGAAGAUAGUCAGCUUAGCUCGACCGAAUCCCCCUCCAAGCUGCGCAAGCACGCCGCUCGAGAGAUUGUGCAGGACAAGGAAGGAGUUGACCUUCGAGAGCGGGAGAAGAGGCGUGCUCAGGAAUUGGAGGCUCGGCGGGUGAAGCUGCGGGCUGCCCUAGCGACCUCGAACGCCAUUUCCUCGGAUAAGUCUCGACUGAUCAUCAACGAAACCAAGCAGGAUGGACAGUCAUUCAUCUAUGUGAAUGAAGAGAUUGGAAAACGCAUAAAGGACCAUCAAAUCAAUGGCGUCCGGUUUCUAUGGAAUCAGAUCAUUGUCGAUGCAGAGACGCGUCAGGGCUGUCUGCUUGCUCACACGAUGGGCUUAGGAAAGACAAUGCAAGUCAUCACCUUCCUCGUGGCGGUGCUGGAGGCUGCAAACUCCCACGACGAAUCCAUACGAGCCCAGAUACCGAAGGACCUGAGAAAGUCCCAGACAGUCAUCCUUUGUCCGGCCGGUUUGGUUGACAAUUGGCUCGACGAGAUAUUGAUGUGGUCGCCUAGAGGCCUUCUCGGCAAUGUGGUCAAAUAUGAGUCGGCUCUGAAAGGGGACGCAAUACGCCUGGCCGUCAUCAAGGACUGGGAGCGGAAUGGCGGUGUUCUAGUCCUGGGGCAUACGAUGUUCUGGAACUUGGAUACGAAUGUGCGGCAGAUAUUGACGGGGGCAGCCAACCUUGUCAUCUGCGACGAGGCCCAUGCAAUGAAGAGCGCCGAAUCGCUACUUCAUCGAGCCUGCCAAGAGUUUCGCACUAGAAGUCGAAUCGCCCUGACUGGCUCCCCGCUCUCGAACAAUGUCCAGGAGUACUACUCGAUGAUCAAUUGGGUGGCGCCAAACUUCCUCGGCCCUAUCCAGGAAUUUCGUGACAUCUACGCGACGCCUAUCGAGCACGGGCUGUGGAAGGACAGCUCUGGGUAUGAUAAGCGGAGGGCUCUAAAGCUGCUGGAGGUACUGAAGAUGAACGUUGCACCGAAAGUGCAGCGAGCCACCACCCAGGUUGUCAGACACGAGCUGCCCGCCAAGUAUGAAUUUGUCAUCUUUGUCGAGGCAACUCCCCUCCAGAAGCGGCUUUACGACAUUUACCUGAAUGAGAUGGCCUCGACUCUGGAGAAUGCCAAGUCAAAAAAGGUAAUGAGAGUGAUUGGCGCUUCCCAACACCUCGCGCUCAUCUGCAACCACCCGCGUUGCUUUAGGCAGAAGGUGGUGGAAGCGUCAAGAGCCUCAGCAGCGCCACAGCCGCGAGGUAGGGGUAGGAAGGACGACGACGAAGACGGCGCGUCGGUUGCCGCGGCAGCUUUUCCCCAGAGCAUGAUCUCGGCUGUUCUUAAGGAGACGAUAGGGGACAUUGCCAAUCCUACUCUAUCGCGAAAGGUCGAGCUUCUCCUGAUGAUUUUGGACGAAGCACGUGCCGUGAAAGACAAGGUCCUUGUGUUUAGCCACUCGAUACUUACCUUAGACUAUCUAGGAGAGCUUUUCAAGCAGCAGGGGCGCGCCGUGUGCCGCCUGGACGGUUCAACGGCCGUCGCCAAACGGCAAGAACAGAUCAAAGCCUUCAAUACCGGCGAUUCGGAGAUUUAUCUCAUCUCGACAAGGGCCGGCGGCGUGGGCCUCAACAUCUACGGAGCCAAUCGCGUCGUCAUCUUUGAUUUCAGGUGGAAUCCGGUAUCCGAGCAACAAGCGGUAGGACGAGCUUAUCGGUUUGGGCAGGAAAAGACGGUUUACGUCUAUCAGUUUGUGACUUCAGGUGCCUUUGAAGAGCAGCUGCAAAACAAGAAUGUCUUCAAAAUGCAGCUGGCUUCGCGCGUCGUGGACAAGAAGAACCCUGCCAUCUUCGCCAGCAAAAUCAAUGGGCUGCUUCGCCCCAUAAGAACAAAGCCGGCCAAGGACCUGAGUCCCUUUGCACACCGGGACAGGAUACUAGACAAGCUCAUUGAAUAUGCGCAGCCCCACGGCUUCAUCAGGGAAAUCAUCUCAACAGAUACCUUUGAAGAGGAAGAUCCGACAAACGAGCUGACAGCCGAGGAACGGAAAGAUGCCCAGAUACUGCACGAUAUGGAGAGGCUUAAAAACACUGAUCCAGUGAAAUAUAGGCAGAUGCGGGAGCAAAGGGAAUGGAACGAACGGAUCCGGGCCAUGGCCGAGGUUAGCAGAUAUACUACUAGUACGACCUCUUCGAGUACUUCAAGGGCCAUGCAGCAACAACAGCCGUACAUACCAUCGUCAAGUGCGCCAGCCACUGUCGUUCCAAGCAAUGAUGCUCUGACGAUGAGUCUGUUACUGAGACCUCCCCCCAUCAAGCAGCAGGGCACUCCGCAGUUCCCAUCUUCAGCCCCGAUGCCUAUAGCGGGAGCAAACACCUAUAUCCUGAAGCCAGCAGUACCCACAUGGACCUCUGGGCCGCCGAUUUCUAGUCAGCCAAACCCUGGACAGUCAUAUCAAGGACAGCCAAUUCCUGGUCUCUCGAGCGCUGGACAGCCCACCUCUGGACACACAACUGCCGGACAGACCACCCCCAGACAGCAAACUCCUAGAUCCGAGACUGAGGCGACACUGACUGGCGCGAGUCUUGUUACGUCGCCUAGCGGGAGACCGUCAAUCUUCAGUCAACCACGGAGUCAAGCUAAGGACGAGUUCCAGAUUGAACUGGCCAAAUUGAUCGCAGCCCAACCAGUCUUUGCGGGUGAUCACCAGGGACUGGCAGAACAGGUCACGGCGGAGAUUGCCAUGGCCCAGAGGAGACAAGCCAUGGGGUUUCUCCCAGACAAUGCUCGAUGGCGCUUGCUGCUCAGCCAUAUACAGAAGCAUCCGCGGUUUGUGCUUGCGAUACUGUUGCGCAACUGCACGCCCGACUACCUGGUCUCAGCGCCAGACGAUGAGUUGGAAGCGAGAAUUGCCGUUAUGAACGACGAGUCGGAGGUCAGUUUUUCGCGCCGGCUGGAGCGGUGCGCUACGCAGCCCGACCCAAGCAACUUGGACAACAUCAAUAGGCCGCUGCUUGAGUCCUCAGCCCGAGCUAGCGAAGACGUGCAAGUGAUGCGGCGGGCAGCGGAGAAGAGGACGAAACGCCGGUUUCGGCUACCAGCUUGGGGAUACGAUGCCCUUUCUAAGCUCGACGGCCCAAAUCCGAAUUCAACAAAUCCAUGA